UCUCUCUCUCUCUCUCUCUCCUCCGAACCACGACAGAACCUUCUUCGAAUUUUUCUCUCUUUCUCCUCCAAAGUCCAAUGCAGGUCCUUCGCGGAUAAGAAAGAAAGAAAAUGCGAUUUGAAACGCUAAGAAAGUUCUAGGCCUUACGAAGAGAUUUGAAACGCCAAACGUCAUCGUAUUUGUGGAAAUUCUUAGGAUCUUGGUCCUCAAAUAGAAGACCCCAAAAGUCUCCCUUCACAAAAUCACAGCUCACAAGCUCCGAAUUAGAAGUAAACAGAAAUGGCGGACGGUGAAGAUUCCGGUGCUGUAGCCGCUGAGCUCAUCAGGACUAGCACGCCCCUCGACUUCAAGACUCUUCUUUCUUCUCCGGUGAGGGACUUUCUUGUUCGCAACAAUGGUGAUCAGGUUAAGGUUGAAACCUUGAAGGGGAAGAAGCUGGGGUUGUAUUAUUCUGCAUCAUGGGACCGACGAUGUCAACGUUUCACCCCAGAUUUGGUGGAGACCUACAAUGCACUCGCUCCAAAAGGCGAUUUCGAGGUGAUCUUUAUUUCAGCUGAUGAGGAUGAGGAGUCGUUCAAUGGGUACUUCUCCAAGAUGCCGUGGCUUGCAAUUCCAUUUUCGGAUUCUGAGGCACGUGAUAGUCUGGAUGAGCAGUUCAAGGUGAGAGGGAUACCGCAUCUUGUGUUCCUUUGUGAAGAAGGGAGAGUUAGGAAUGUCAGUGGAGUUGAGAUUGUUCGGGAGUAUGGAGCCGAUGGCUACCCUUUUACCAUAGAAAGGUUAAAAGAAUUAAAAGAACAAGAAGAGGCAGCUAACAGGGAACAGUCUCUGAAAACAGUCCUGGUCUCCCGUUCACGCGACUUUGUAAUUGCAUCUGAUGGGAAGAAGGUGCCUGUCUCUGAACUUGAAGGGAAGAUGGUGGGUCUCUACUUCUCAUUGUCUACAUUCAGUCCAUGCAUAGAAUUCACUCCAAAACUUGUGGAGGUUUAUGAGAAGAUAAAAGCAAAGGGUGAGAGCUUUGAGAUUGUGUUUUUAUCACUUGAUGAUGAUGAAGAAGCAUUUGAACAAGAUUGUAAGAACAUGCCUUGGUUUGCAUUGCCCCAGAAGGACACCAAAACCAUUGAGAAAUUGGCUCGGUAUUUUGAGCUGUCAACCUUACCCACUUUGGUUAUUAUUGGGGCAGAUGGUAAAACUGUCCAUAACAAUGUUGUUGAAGCAAUUGACGAGCAUGGGCUUCUGGCUUACCCCUUCACACCUGAGAAGUUUGCAGAGCUCGCUGAGAUAGAGAAAGCGAAAGAGAAAGCACAAACUCUGGAGUCAAUUUUGAUUUCUGGGGAUCAAAACUUUGUCAUUGGAAAAGACGGAAUCAAGAUUUCGGUGUCAGAUCUUGUGGGGAAGAACAUCCUCCUUUAUUUCUCAGCACAUUGGUGCCCUCCAGACCGUGCCUUUCUACCAAAACUUAUGGAAGCCUAUCACAAGAUCAAGGCAAAGGGUGAUGCGUUUGAAGUUAUUUUCAUCUCUAGUGACAGGGACCAGGCCUCUUUCGAUGACUUUUUCUCUGGAAUGCCAUGGCAUGCUCUUCCCUUUGGUGACUCAAGAAAGGCAUCCUUGAGUCGCCGAUUCAAGAUCCAAGGCAUCCCGAUGCUUGUAGCCAUUGGUCCUACUGGUCAAACAGUCACAAAAGAAGCAAGCGAUCUAGUUAGGCUUCAUGGAGCUAAUGCUUAUCCUUUCACUGAGGAGCGGUUGAAAGAGAUAGAAGCAGAAUUUGAGGAGAUGGCAAAGAGGUGGCCUAAGAAGUUGAAGAAUGCACUCCAUGAGGAGCAUGAGCUUGUGCUCGCUCGCCGAAGAAAUUUCAUAUGUGAUGGGUGCAACGAGAAAGGAGAGGUGUGGUCAUUCUAUUGCGAGGAGUGUGACUUUGAUCUCCAUCCAAAGUGUGCUCUGGAGGAGGAAAAGGGACCCAAAACUGAUGCCAACCCAGAAGAUCCCCAUCCAAAGUGUGCUUUGGAGGAGGAAAAGGGAACCAAAACUGAUGCCAAGCCGGAAGAAGAGCCCCAAGAAGGAUGGGUAUGCGAUGGUGAAGUUUGUAAAAAAACUUAAGGAGCAGUUUGUGUGGGAUGCCUUUAAAACUAAAAUACUCUUUUUCAUUCAUCAUUUUCUCUAGUUUAUUGCUUAUGAUGGACCCUAAAGCUUUGAGCUUAUAUUUUCUUGGCAACCCUAGAACUUGUGUUUGGGUUAAUAUAAAUGGAUAUUGUAUGGGUGUACUUCUGUAUAAAUGUAUGGUUGUUCAAGAUGCUAAUCUUUAACCUUUAAAAGUGAA